UUCUUCCUUCUGUUCAUGACAGGAUAACUUCCUGAUUACAAAAUAACAGUGAUGGAGAACAGGACAGAGGUGACAGAGUUCAUUCUUCUAGGUGUGACCAAUGCCCCAGAACUUCAGACCCCACUCUUUGUCAUGUUCACUCUUAUCUACUUCAUCAACAUGACUGGGAACUUGGGGAUGCUUGUGCUGAUUCUCUGGGACUCUCGACUCCACACUCCCAUGUACAUUUUUCUUGGUAAUUUAUCUUUGGUAGACAUCUUUUACUCCUCUGCUGUUACCCCAACAGUUGUUGCUGGACUUCUUGUAGGAAACCAAGCCAUUUCCUACAAUGCUUGUGCUGCCCAGAUGUUCUUAUUUGUAGUCUUUGCUACAGCAGAAAAUUUUCUCUUGGCUGCAAUGGCCUAUGAUCGCUAUGCAGCAGUGUGCAAACCCCUGCAUUAUACCACCACUAUGACUCCAGCUACAUGUGCAUGUCUGACCAUGGCCUGCUAUGCUGGUGGUUUCCUGAAUUCCUCUAUCCAUACUGGGGACACAUUCAGACUCUAUUUCUGCAAGUCCAAUGUGGUCCAUCACUUUUUCUGUGAUGUUCCAGCCGUCAUGGUUCUCUCUUGCUCUGAUAGACACAUCAGUGAGAUGGUCCUCCUAUAUGGAGCAAGCUUUGUCAUCUGUUCUGCACUCCUUGUUAUUUUGAUAUCUUACACAUUCAUUUUUAUCACCAUCUUCAAGAUGCGCUCAGCUGCAGGAUACCAGAAGGCUAUGUCCACCUGUGUUUCUCACUUCAUUGCUGUCUCCAUUUUCUAUGGCACUCUUAUUUUCAUGUACUUACAGCCUAGCUCCAACCACUCCAUGGACACUGACAAAAUUGUGUCUGUGUUCUACACCAUGGUCAUCCCCAUGCUGAACCCUGUGGUCUAUAGCUUAAGGAACAAGGAGGUGAAAAAUGCAUUCAAGAAAUUUGUGGAUAAAGCAAAAUAUUCCUUAGGAUUUUGA